UUGGCAAGCAACUUAUAUUUAUGGUGGGAUAUUAGACAUAGAUAGAUUUGUAUGAGAAUUAUGGAGUUGUGGUGUGUAUUGUUAGAGAUUUCUUGAGCGACAAGUGACUUGGGCAAUGGGCUUUAGGAUCGUUGAAUCAUUAUAUAACAACACCACACAGUAGUCCGCAAUGCAAUUCUCUAAAAAUCUUGGACGUGACGAUGAGUUUCUUGAAGCCAAAUUCUCUCAACAGGCUCCGAUGUCUGGCCGCUUCUCGCUCGCUUUCCACUGCUUCUCCGCCAAUUCUCAACCGUCCACUCUACUCCGCCGUACGCCACAUCCAUCACCAACGCGACUCCACCACCAGGUAUGACCUCCAGCCACCUAUGAAUUGGGGAGUCCGUAUUGUUCCGGAGAGGAGAGCUUAUGUGAUCGAACGAUUUGGGAAGUACGUGAAAACCCUAACGCCUGGAAUCCAUUUAUUGGUUCCGUUUGUGGAUAGAAUUGCAUACGCACAUUCUCUGAAAGAAGAGGCAAUUCCCAUUCCGGAUCAGUCGGCUAUUACAAAGGACAAUGUCAGCAUUCAUAUUGAUGGAGUCCUCUAUGUUAAGAUUGUGGAUCCAAAAUUGGCGUCAUAUGGAGUUGAGAAUCCGCUGUAUGCUGUGAUUCAGCUUGCUCAAACUACGAUGAGAAGUGAGCUGGGUAAGAUUACCCUUGACAAGACUUUUGAAGAAAGGGACAGACUCAAUGUCAAGAUAGUGAUUGCCAUCAAUGAAGCUGCAAAAGACUGGGGAUUACAGUGUCUUCGUUAUGAAAUAAGGGAUAUAUCUCCACCACAUGGGGUGAAGGCAGCUAUGGAGAUGCAAGCUGAAGCUGAGCGCAAAAAGAGAGCUCAAAUUUUGGAAUCUGAAGGGAAAAAGCAGGCAAAUAUUAAUAUUGCUGAAGGGGAAAAAAUGGCUGUGAUCCUUGAAUCAGAAGCUGCCCAGCUGGACCAGGUCAACAGGGCUCCAGGAGAAGCAGAAGCCAUCCUUGCUAAAGCAAAAGCUACUGCAGAAGGAAUUAAUGUGGUGGCAAAAACCCUCAAAGAAAAUGGGGGUGUGGAGGCUGCUAGUUUACGAAUCGCCGAACAAUAUAUUCAUGCAUUCAGCAAAAUAGCAAAACAGGGAACGACAGUUUUACUUCCCUCGAGUGCUUCGAAUCCUUCCAACAUGAUGGCUCAAGCCUUAGCUAUAUACAAGAACUUGCUUGGCAAAGAUGCUGGGGACGUUCCAGUUUUGGAAUCUGGCUAUGAAAAGGACGAUGCCACCUAAAACGUUAUUCUUUCUUGCGAGCAAUUGCAAAAACUAACAACUGCAUAGUAGCCUUUUAUAACGUUUUUACACAACAGCAUACCAUUAUUAUUGUUAUUACCAUGUUUUGAGGAAAUAUUUAAGCUUAGCUCAACAUCUUUCUUUUUACAUGCUUUAUUGAGAUG